AUGAUGUCAUUAGAAGAUGCGGAUGAACUAAUUCACUGUAACCCGCAAUGUGCUCUAACUUUUCAUUUUCUAAACACUUUUGGAGCUCUGCUGGAUAUUCAACUUGGAUUUGAAGAGUUUGAGGAUAUGAUAAGACCUGUCGAUAAUGGAGGACGUGAGUUUUUAUUUUUUAGGUAACAAAUAUAGGAGUUUUAGUUUGAUAAUGUGUUUGACACAUGAGAAUGUCUUUCAACAGCUAAAUAUUGUUAUUUAUUAACAUGAAUUGUUAAAUGGUGACUUUAAAUUUAAAAUAAGUUAGUUUAUCCAAACAUCCUUUCAGCAUCUGAACGAAUGAUCAAUUUCCAAGCUUACUUAAUACAACCGUUGAUGUCUGUGGCAAUGGAUAAACCUACUGUUGCCAUCGCGUCUUUCAUGUUCAUUAGGAGUAAAUUGAAAAAGGUGUAUACGUAUCAUGAUUAUCGGUUUCUUCCAUUUGAUCUGAGGAUAGAACUGCUUUUGGAGACUUUUGAAUUAGCUUUGAAGGUGAGUUUUAUAGUAUUUUAGGGUUCUCAAAUUAAAUUAUCUGGACUGGAAUCGAUGAAAACGAAUUUUGAGAAGUUUAUUGAAAUUUGGACGUCUUCUUUCAAUUUUCUUGAUAUUUAAUUAUGAGAUUUACUAAAAACUGUCAUUUUAGACAACAUUUGCUCUUAAAUUGGCUAUACUUUUUACAAUCAAAGUGAAUGUCAUUGUGAAUAAAAUUUUAAGGUUCAUAGGUUAAUGACCUCAACUUUCAGACAAUUGAAUGUUCUGCAAAAUACUCUGACGCAAAAUGGCAAAGGUUGGGCAAGGACUAUAAUAAAGUCGAGUAUUACUACCAAGUUGACAUGCAUAAUUACAUGAGAAUCUACACAUUGCAUGGUAAGAACAUGAAACGGACGUGGAGUUUGAAAGUAAAGUAAGCUCGUUUAUUAUAUAUUUUUUGUUUUUAGGUAUGUAAGCAUUGAUCAAGUUUUAGUUAUGUUAUUACGGAAUAAUUUUUGAAACUUUAAUUUUGAUAUAUUUGUAAUAUUACCUCGGUCGAAAGAUUGUGUUCAAGCCUUUUUGUCAUAAAUUGUUAUUUUAAAUAUUAAAAUUACUUUUUUUCUCAUUAAAAAUCGGGGUUUUAGAUGGAUGAGACUGAAAAUUGUAAGCAAAAUUCAAGAAUAACUAUUUUAAGUUACAUUGCGCAUUACAUUAAUGAAAUGAGAAUUUUCAGAUCUGUACAAAGCUUAUACAACUUGAUUUGUUAUCUAAAAAAACAAAAAUUGAUCAGUGAAGACACUCCUUUGGAUAAACUACCGAGUUUACCGGUUAGAAACCUUGAUGAACAGGUGGAAAGAUUGUUCAUGCGAUGUUCGUACGUUAAGCUGAUCACCAAUCCAGAAGUAAGCCCUUUGAAACUUUAUUACUGUUAACAUUUGUGAAGGAAUAUUUUUUUAAUUUGUUGCUUAGAGUGCCAUCUUGACGCAGAUUCGAGUAAAAAGAAAGAAAAAACAAGAAGAUGCCAAAGAAUUCGGAAAAACAGUCAAAUUUAAGGAUUUACCAUACGGAGCUGGGAGUAGAAUCGGAAUUAAUGAAAACAUAAUAAGUAGAAAAAGAAAGCACGAAAGCGAAGUUGAGAGGAAUCAUAAAAGAAGAAGGCUUGAGUAAGUUUUUUUUACCUAAAAUAUUAAGUUUUUGUAUUUCUUGACUAAAGCUACGUAUGAUUAUGUUUUUGGUUCAGUUUUGACAAAAUUUUAGAAAGUGGUAUAAUAAUAUAAUUUUAGAAGUAAUCAAUCACCUAAAAGUUCAGAAGGAUCUGAAAAUAAAUCAGAAGAACACGAUGAAAUGCCUCAAGAAAUCAUUGAAAUAUGUGCAAAAUGUCAUGAAAAAGGCGAGGAACCCUUAAUAAGACCAUGCACAUCAUGUUCAGACCUUUAUCACGUAACUUGUGCCAAACGUUCGUUGAAGAAAUCGAAGUGGAAAUGUCGGAAAUGCGCCAACAAACACCUUGUCAAACGUUUAACGAUCAUCUACAACAAGCAUCUUGAGCUUGAACGCGAACGAGAGAUCAACAACUUAUUGUCGAAUCCAGAAUACCGGUUUGGACAAAGGAUUGCACCAGAAGGACCACCUGAGGCGAAGAAAGGUCUAGUUGGCGACUACGUUUGGAAUCAUUCCUUCGACGUUCCGGAACCCUACUGGUUCAGAAAACAUAGAAUGAUCCGCGAACGUCAAACUGAAGGGAUUUGCAGUCCCAGGUGGAAACAGGUUGAUAAGGUAGAGGAUCCAUUUCAAACGGAAUUCUUUGACGAGAGUGAACAAGUUUUUGACGAGCAAGUUGAGGAAGAGGCAGAUGCUGAAGAUUCAGAGAAUUCGUUUGACGAGGCCGAGGACAUUUCAGAAGAACAGGAAUCUGAAGAAGAGCUUUGUUAUGGUUUAGAAGAGUCGAAUUCGGAUAGAGAGAUAGAUGAAAGGAAUUCAGAUUAUGAGCUUGAAGAAAGCGAGCUCGUAGGUGAUGAUAAUAAUGAAAAUCAUAAUUUACAUGGCCAGUUUUCAGAAGAUUAUGAUGACGAAUGGUUCAGACGAUACAGGGAGCGAUAUUAUAGAAUUGUCCCUGACAACGAUUUAGAAGACGAACCUGUAGAGUAUACAGCAGACAGCGAUGGUAGACCGUAUACAAAAUUCAUUUUUAAACGUGAUGGCACUACUUUGUGUUACGAUGCUGGCGUAUAUUACCGUUUUGAUAAAGGUACCAAACUAUAUUUUGGGCGUCGGAACUAUGAAGAAAGCGAUGGAGAUUCAGAUGAAUUGAGUAGUGAAGAAGAAGGGAAUUUAGAUGAAAAAGAAGACUAUAAAAGUACAGAACAUCAUAUGGAGGUAGAUUUAGAAGGAAACGAUGGUGAUAAGCGUAUAGAAAACGAAGCGGAUUCAGAAGGAAAAGAAAAUGAGAAGCCUAAAGAACAUCAUUAA